AUGUCACAACCAGAGUCCUUGCUGCCAAAAGAGCGCAUCGAGCGUAAUUUGGCAUUGCACCGUGCUGCAGGGGCUGGUGAUAUGAUAGCAUGCGAAACACUCCUUUCGAUUACCCAACCAGCUGCUGAAUGGAAUGGUUCUGCCGAUGCAUGGUACGCGGACGAGGCCAUGUUAGGCUGGGAUGCAUUGCAUUAUGCUGCGGACGGGGGACAUCCAGACAUUAUAAAGCUUCUGUUGAAAAAUGGUGCCUUGUGGAAUGCCGUCGACGAACUGGGAUUCACUGCAGCUGAUAUCGCUUGGUCGCGUAAUUAUACCAAAUGCUACGAUAUCCUAUUCCAAGAAGGCGUGCGCCAGUCCUUUCUAGUCCCAGUCAUUGCACGACACGCAAAAUUGGAUGAUGAAAGCAUGGAAAUGCAUGCAGAACAUCAGGCCUCUCGUGAAGAUGAAAAUGGAUCUACGCUUGUGACACUCAAGUCCGGGUCACAAGAAGAAGUGACGUACUCAAACGCUGAAUUUCUCAAAAGCAAGCUUACAUUCAUGAAGGAUGAAAAUGGUCAAUGGCGAUGCCUUGACAAAGAUAACAACAUGGUCAUGGCUGAAUGGGAGAAUGAAAUUAUGCACGCAUCAGCCAAGGUUCUUUGUGAAGAUCAGCCUAGAGGUUUCUCGAUCCUGAAUGUCGGCUUCGGCUUAGGAAUAAUCGAUGAGAUGAUCCAGACGUACAAGCCUCGCCGUCAUGUCAUUAUCGAGCCCCAUCCUGAUGCCAUUGCAUUUAUGCGGGAGCAAGGAUGGGAUCAACGUGCGGGCGUAGAAAUCUUUGAGGGGACAUGGGAAGACUUCCUGCAGCCAGAAAAUGACGAAGAUGGAAGUAUUGCCAUGAAAUUGGGAGUAUUUGAUGCAAUUUACUUCGAUACAUAUUCACAAGAUUACCAAGAUCUUCGACGCUUUUUUGAAUGCUUGCCUAAUGUUUUAUCAGGCCCUGAUUCACGAUUUUCAUUUUUCCAUGGUCUAGCUGCUACAAACGGCUUCUUCUAUAACAUCUUCACGCGCGUGGCGGAACUCGACCUGCGUGAAAUCGGACUCGAAACCAAGUGGCAUGCACUACCCAUGAGCGUCAAAGAAGAUACGUGGAAAGGCAUCAAACGAAAAUACUGGACAUUAGACGAGUACUAUCUACCAGUAUCGCACAUGCGACUGAUUGAGUAG